AUGAACGCGCUGGUCAGCUACGCGAGCGACUCGGACUCGGACUCUGACUCGGGAGACCUGCACCCUACCACCGCCACCAUCACCGCUACCGAUGUACAAAAGACAGCUCCUUCGACCACUGUGUCCACACCUACAGCAGCAACAGCCUCGUCGUCAGCAGCACCGUCGAAACACCAUACGCCCGAGGGUACCCCGGGAAUUCAGACGCCCGAUCUCCAAGAAGGAAUUGAUAUCCAGCAAGAGAUUCGGGAACAGCAGGAGCAGCCAGGCGGCGAGGAGGAUGAUGAUGAUUUCGUAUCGGCGGCUUUGAAGGAUCUCCAGUCCUUUGCGGCCUCUGUCGAUGACUCUACAACUACCCCGCGACAGGAUGAUGAUACAGCAAUGCCGGUAUCCCCAGCGCAAGUAGAGGGAUCGCCUUCGGACACUACUAUCACCACAGUCUCUGGUACCCAACCUUCACAAGAUUUAAAUCAGCCCGAUGCGACAGACAUGGAUGUCGAUCAAGCUGGCACGGCAAUACCAACAGCAACAGCAGCAGCAACCACGGCGACCACGGUGCCUCCUCAGCCACCAUCGCCCAUCGAGUUAACGACAGAUCAGCAAAUCAUAUUCGAUACCUUCCUCCAAGAAAUCAACGCCAUCCCUCUCCUCCCUUUACCAUCCACCAAUCAACCACCUCUCCCUCCUCUUCCUCCUGGGGUAUCACCAUCAAUCUCAACAGGAUCAUUAUCAUUAACCUCAACAGCACUACUGGACGGCGACGACCACUGGAUCCAGGCACAAACCCCACAAACAAUCUACAGCAGGAUCCAUCAACUUUCGACACUUCCCCAGACAGACAGGUUUAAUCCAAAGGAAGUCGAGAACCGGCUGAUUGAGUUUGCGAUCCGGCUUUUGGAUUGGGAGCAAGGAGGGCUUAAACCGGUUUAUUUCUUGGGCGAGGAACGGGCUACCAGGGAACUAGAGUCUCGUCGUAGGGACGAGGAAAGGUCCGGAGAGAGUGGUAUUGACGAUGAGGUGGACCUUCAAGCGGGAUCGCCAUUACCACGGUAUAGUGGCGUUGUAGGCGAGAUGAUCGAGUUUAUGCACACCGUCGAGAAGAUUGCCCCGCCGGAUGACCAUUGGACAGUUGUUUGGAGUCGGAAGGAACUGAGCUAUGGGUUCUUUCAUCCCGCAACAGGGACAAAGUUAGAGGAGUCUCCGUCCACAGAACUACGGAAUCGCCUCAAUCCGCCUUCGACUACUUCAGGAACAACGACUCCAACCAUCGCCACUUGA